AUGCAUAUAAUCAUUUUUAUUUUUUUAUUUUUUAUUAUUUUGUCCAAUGGACAAUUAUCAAGUUUUAAUCCAGUUUGGAUUGGUCCAAAGUGUAAGUCGAAACUUAACCUGAAAAUGAAAAAAAAAAAAGUUUUCAGUCCGUGAAACAUCUAUGCAAUCUAUAUCUGAAAGUAUCCAACUCUCUGAAGAUUGUGGAAUUCAGAAAGAAUCCAAACAUAAACGAUUUCCAUGGGCUGUCUCUUUCACAGUUGAUGUAAGUCUCGAGAGUUUGGAAAAACCUAAUCUAAUAGAGUUUUUUUUUGCAGGGCGUCAACCGUUUAGGUGGUAGUAUCAUAAGUCCUUAUCACAUCCUUACAGCUGCGCAUGGUUUUAUUACAGCGAUUGGAGUGGGUGGUAAUUUGUGUAUGAAUUUACCGGCAAAGUAAGUAGGGAAAAGGUUAGGGUAACUUACCAAAGAAAACUUCAAAAAAUUUGCAAAAGGAUCUCAUCAAAUUUUUUGUUCCAUUUCAGUAGAUCAAUGUAUCGUGAUAUCGAAGAUCUCCAAAAAACUCGAAAAAUCGCAUAUGGCGGAGAAUGUAUUCGAGGAUUCACUGAAAAUCUUCCAAAUAAUGAAAAUUGUUCAAAACCCGAUGUAGUUUUCAAUACGAUUCGAAGUGUUUUGAUUGAUGGCGAUUUUGUUGCUGGAAGAUGUAUUGAUGGACAUGAUUGGGCUAUUGUAGAAGUUGAGAAUCGUAUCAAAUUCAAUGAAAAUGUUGCACCAAUUUGUUUGCCAAGAAAGAAAAUGUAUCAUUCGAAGACUUUGAGUGUUCCCGGUUGGGGGAGAAGAUACAGUAAGUUGGUAGUUUUAAAUUAAAAACUGAAACUUAUUAGACGUGUCAUUAUCAAAUCGUUGUUUAAUUUUCAAAAUAAUAUCAUCCAAAAAAUAUUGUUCCAGUUUUCAACGAGAGCGGUCCAAUGAUUCAUGAAAUUCCAAUGCGAAUUGAUCCUGAUUGUCCACGAGCUCGUCCCUGGAGUGACAAUCUCCCAAUCGAUGCAUCUGAUUAUAUCUGCGCUACAUCUCUCGACACUAGAGAUUAUUUUGCCCCACGAACUUGUCACGGUGACAGCGGUGGUGGGUUAGAAUAUCGAGAUGACUUCGAGAAAACUCAUCUUAUUGCUAUGACAAGUUUUGGAACAAAAGGAUGUCCAGCAAAUAUGUUGGCAAGAUUUACACGGGUUGAUAGAUAUACUCAAUUGAUUUGUCAGUUUACGGGUGUUUGUUAUAGUGUGUGA